AACGGUCAAAUAGUGAAUUGAAGCUAAGCGCUAAAAUUAUAAUUGUUUUGUGUGAUUUGAAGUGUUUUAAUGUAUUGACAAGAGAGUUAUGUGAACGAGUAAAUAAUCUAUAAUGGAAGCGAACGAUUUUAUUGCUAAAUUGAAGGCGGACGGGUCAGCCAACGAUCUUCAUGACUUGGACAAAGUUUACUCAGAUUACAAGGAACUUUUAGAGAAAUUACCAUCAAUAGACAAGGGAGUAUUCUCUCUAAACGUUCUAUGCAUACUUUGCAGAAAUAUUGACAAAGUCCCAUCAUGGCGCGACAAGAUAGACGCCAAAGCGUUGCUGAACAUGUCCAUAGACUGUGUGCGGCAGACAAGGGGCCUGGAGAAGCCCGAGCGAGUGAAGGUUCUGGCUUGCGUGUAUCAUAUACACAAGUUCAUUGUGAGACAGCCAUCCCAGCCACCACCAGAGCUGGUCCUCAAACUCUCCUACAUGCCAUUUGAGUACGAGCAGAACAACCUGCUCUCCGAGUACUGCAAGACUUACUGGAACCUCCUCGCCGACCGUCUCAUGUUCAUAGAAAAGUUCAAGACCGGACGCAGAGCCAUCAUCAAACUGUUACCGAAACUUAUCGAAGACAUACAGAAAGUUAUACUCAUGUAUGACAGCGUACAAUUCUGUAAUACUAUACUAGUGUUUCUAUUAAAGAAAUUACAUUUUCUUUACAAUACGGAGCAUGCUAAGGAGUUGAACAAGAGUUUUGGAAUGAUAUUUGAAAGUUUAUCGUUAAAAAAAGAUGUGAAAUCGUUUAAGAAGUUAACGGAGAAAGAAAUGUUGGAGCUGUAUGUAAAAUUCAGUGACUGCUUCUAUGUUAUAGCGGAAAAUGCAACGAAAUUGAAUUUUCAAGAUUCCGUAUUGACUGCGGCGGUUCGUAGCUGUAUACCGUUCAUCGGUCAUGUUCCAGAGCUAUUCCACUGUCUACAGACAUUCUACUUAAACUCUUUCUGCUGUAUAUUGACUGAUAAUGAUAAUCUCAGCAUCAAUGAGACUGUGUUAAACAGUUUGAUCAUUUCUUGUGAAACUACAGAGAAAUUGGGAUAUUUAAAAGCGAUGAGAGCGACUUAUCCAUAUAUAAAUCAAUUAUUAAGAGUGUUUAUUGAGUAUAAUUUAUCAAAGUUAACACUAACAGAAGAAAGUCAAGAAACUUGCCUUAAACUGAUAAUUCUUUUACUAGAUAAACUAAAAGAUACUGAGCAGUUGUUGAAAUGUGAUAAUUGUAAGAUUAAAUCGGGUUUACACGAUGCUUUACGUCUAUCGUUUUUGGCUAAAAACUUCGUUUCCGCCUGUCUUAACUCGAAACUGGAUGUGAAUAUGGUUCUACAGCCAUAUCUAAUGAUUAUAAAGAAACAACACAUAAUAUUAACCGAUCUAUGCCGCCUAGGUUGCUCAAAUCAUGAAAAAUGCCUCCGUAAGCUACAAACUGACAUACAUAACACCGCUAUACUUUUAAACAAAGCGGAGAAUUAUAACUCAGCGAUACAACUUUUCGACUUAUAUUUGACGCAUGAAUUCCUCCACUUUAAAACGGCUCAGGACUUGAAAAACAUAAGUAGAGCGUUAUAUAACAAGAGUAUAUGUGAGUUAGACUGUAGAAUGUAUGAGAAAGCGCUUCUAGAUGGGUUUUUGAGUUUAGUUUUCGCUCAGCCAGAAGGCCUUAGCUCGGAGAAGUAUAUGAGUCUAGUCAUGGAUGUGAAGGCUAAAGCUCUUAAAGGCUGUGACGAUGAAGAGUUGCAGAUGAUGACGGUGCUGGACGCUUGCAAUGUAGCUGUGGAGAGGAAAUUGUAUGGAAAUUUGAAGCCGUUCUUCAGUCAUUUGGAGUUCAAUACACUGCUCCACCACGAAUUCACCCUAUAUGGUCGUCUGUGGCCGUCGCUGUCGCCUGUGGCCGGCGUGUGGCGUGCGCUACAUUACCUCUCCUCCGGCAAGCGACAUGCUUGGAUGUGCGCACAACCCUCCUCCCUAGACACCCUCUACUCCGUCAUUCUCCACACGCCCACCGUCGUCCGCACAAUCCACAGCCCACACAUGUCCGCCAUCUUGUCGUCUAUACUCGACAACAUGGCGCGCACGGGCGACGUCAAAAUGAAAGUGACGGAGGCUACGCUGCUGUUCUUGAAGGCGGAGAUGGAUUUGGCUGACGCAGGUGUGAAAUAUGAAUGGAAGAUUAAAGAACAGGUGAGUUUUACAUCUUGUCGUCUAUACUCGACAACAUGGCGUGAGUUUUACAUCUUGUCGUCUAUACUCGACAACAUGGCGCGCACGGGCGACGUCAAAAUGAAAGUGACGGAGGCUACGCUGCUGUUCUUGAAGGCGGAGAUGGAUUUGGCUGACGCAGGUGUGAAAUAUGAAUGGAAGAUUAAAGAACAGAGCAUAGACCCCGACCUGGUCCCUUGCUGCCGCACCCUGGAACAGGAGCACACAGCCCUCAAACCAGCUCUGCAAGGAGUAAAGAUAUGGACUGAGGUUCUGUCGCGCCUGAACGACGUACCACAAGAUUUCCUGACAUCGCCUCUGCUCGUGUUGCGUGUCAUGUUACAGCAACUGUUGCACGUACGGAGCGUGUACGCGUUGCAACUGGCGCAUGUGGCACUGCGAGUCAGCCAGCAUCUUCAAGACAGAGUUCCUAUGGCCACCUCCUGUCUCCAUCAUCAGAUCAGCUCGAUAAUAUUUUACCACAACACGAAACAAGCGGCCACCUCAGCGAAACUCAUCCGCGUGGUCCAAUCCAGCCUCCUAAACGAGAUGGACUCUAUGCCUAUAGCAAUAGGGCGUGUUUUAGACGCGCAGGCGCUGUAUGGAGACCUCAGUGCGAGCGUUAACGCUCAGAGACACUACCUCACUGUUGGGAACAAUGAGAGCACCUGGUGCCUCCGCCAGCGGCGCUCCCUCCUCCUAAAACAGAGCAUAUUCUCCGCUAGCCUCCGAGCCGUGUCGCUGUCCCGCUCGCUCCGCCUGCGUCGGAGAGGGAGGGCCGCCGCCGCCUGCGCUCUCGCCUCCGCUUCCGCUGAAGCGAGGCUCGCGCUCUGUGUGGCCGCGACGGAUCCUAGCCGGUGUGACGUGGCCAGAGCAACGAUCGACCAACGGCUCAAACACAUCGUCGGCCUCCAAUCCAACGAGUGUGCCCUCCAAGAGCCGAUCCAAAACGACCCCAAGACCGCCCCCCUCACCCCCCAACUCGAGGCCGUGCGCGACGCACGCAUACCCAGGAGACAUCAAACUAGUCCAUCUAUACCUAUAGAAUAUGUUGCAGCUUUCAAAACACCAGAGUUUUUUGACCAUGACACCAAAUGCGAGUGUUACGCGUGCGAGACGCCUUCAAUAUUUAUUCUGGCGUCACAAUUGCUAGGUUUAGAAGCCAGCGUGUAUUAUAGAGGCAAGGAAUUCGAUGUGGCUAUGAAUUACUUCAACGGUGUGUUGGAAACUUUCUGUAAUGUCGAAAGCAAGAUUAAAGCGGCCACGAGAAAGCUUAGAGAGAAAUUCGAGAAGUAUGUGGUUGAUAUAAUUGAGAAAAGUUUUGAAAAGGAGCUUUUUAAUGUUGAGUUGGAGAUUUUGAUUGAAGCUGCGUAUUUUGAGCUUUCACAGAAGAAUUACGCUAAGUCUGAUGAUUAUAUAUACGUAAGGAUCAGUGAAAUACUUCAAGCGGCUGACGUAGAUGGUUAUACUAAGAAUGAGAUCAUGAAUUUGAUGACGGCUUCUGAAAUUUUAAGAAAAUCAGACAAAAUACAAGACAGAGUGACGGAUAUUGAGAAUGAUUUAGAAAAUCUCAAAUUGACGCCUACUAAAGAUAUAUUAAAAACGCCAGAAGCGAAGCGUAGUAAACCGCCUGUGUUUAACAAAGUUGUUGUAAACAAAGAAGAAUUGCCAGAUUUGAAAUGUAAGAUACCAGUUCUUAAUUUCGACGAGCCCGAAGAACAGAUUGUGCCUAAGAAGAAAAUCAACUUCAAAAUACCAAUCCCGAUAACUAGUAAACCUGUACUUGAAACUAUAACUCCGAGACCCCGUUCAAAAGUAAAUAUAUUAGUUACUGAACCUUCCGAAGAAGAUAUAGAUGUUGCCAUGACCCCGCAGACGGAUAAGUCGAAAGUAGAAUUUUUCACCCCCUCCGAAUCCACCCCGGAUCAGUUUUUCACCCCCCAAACAUCAGUGAAAACUUAUGCGAAGAAAUCUUUAAGACAAAACAUUGUUAAGAAUUUGGAGCAAGAGUUUUCAUCGAAGGAAAUUCCUAAAGAUUCGAAAAGACUUUCAAAGACUGUAAGUUUAGAUGAUACAAAAAACAAAGAUAUGAAAAGACUUUCAAAGAAUAUAAGUCUAGAAGGCCACUCUAAAGAAAACGCCAAACCAAAUAUACCGAAACCACAAAAAAUAGAGGCGGCAAAGAUUCUAGAGCCAAAAAGAGGUAGAGUGGAAACUGGGUCUCUCCGGACUUUGAAAGACCGAAGGCUCAAGCGCUCCACCAGCCCGGGGACGCUGCCCAAAGAGGACCUUAAGGAUAACCCGAGGACUAGGCUCAGGAAACCAGCGGUGAAGGUUGAGAGGGAUGACAAGAAAUGACAGUUUGACAGCUGUCAAAAACAUUAUAAAAUAAUGACUAUUUUUCAAGGUAUUUCAGUGUGUUUUAAAAGGGAUUUAUUCAAAAGACGACAGAUGAGUUAAGGGGCUACCCGAGUUUUUCAUAGAUUUUUGACAAGUUUUGAAUCGUAUCUCCUUUUUUGCACUACAGAUACAAUUAUAAGACAAACGGUUAUCGGUUCUUCAAUCUUUUAUCUCCGGUUUUGUCCACCGGAUUUUGAAAGAAAUUAAUACUUAUUUUUUUAUUAAUAUACAAUGUCUAAAAAAAACACUUUUUUUGUAUCUAGUUUGCUGUGAAGGAUCUUACAUGUACGCAAUCUACAUAUUUGGGUUCGUCUUUGACAUCUCGAAAAACGUGUCCAGGGUUUUAAUUUUAAACUAAUUAACACAAAAGUUAUGGCCAGAAAACCAGUUCUUUAGCUUAAAAUUGUUCAACUUUGAUGCCAAAUAUCUCGAAGAUAAUGAACUUAAGUAAAUAUGGGAUACUAUAUUGCUUAAAGCCGUUGCUCUUAAUAUACUAAGCUACAGAAAACAUUAGAAAACUAAGGGAUUCAGAUCGAAGGUCACUGGCGUGGGGUAGCCCCUUAAAUCAAACAUAUUGGCGCAAUUUCAUUAUUUGGGACGUAAAAAUUAGGUUUAUGUAUGUAUAGUUCGUUUUUUUAGCAUUAGAAAGAACUUGAAAGAAGGUAAGCGAUCUUGCCAUGUCUUUUAAUUGAAAAACGCUUUUUAAAAAUCAGUAACUAUUACUUAUGAAAGCAGAAGAAUAUAGAUGAUCGUCUUAGAUUCAUAAUUGUUACAUAUUUGCCGUAACUUAUUUUUAAAAUGUGUUUUUCAAUUAAAAGACGCAUCAAGAUUGUUUACCUUAUUUCUAAUGCUAAAAAAAAUGAAAUAUAAUACUAAUUGUGUUC